AUAUAAAUGUAUAAAGCAGUGUCUUCCUCAGCUCAUUACAACACCCAUAAAAAAAUAAGUCAUAAACUCCCAAUCUACUAUCAUCUCUUGCUGCAAUUUGCAUCGACAUGAAGAUGAACCUAAUUAUUAUUCUCUACAGUUCCUUCUCCCUGCUUUUCCUCUACAGUUCGUGCAGUGCAGACCCUAUCCACCAUCUCUGCGGCGACGACACCAAAGUAAAAGACUACCCUGAGGUUUCUAGAAACAUCGCCAUCCUCGUAGACAAAGUCGGCGCCGGAGCCACCAAUAACGGCGGCGGCUUCAGCGCAACCUCCUACGGCGCCGGACUAGCAGAAGCCUUUGGCCUCGCCCAAUGCCGCCAGGACGUUCCCAAAGCCGACUGCGCCGCCUGCAUCCGCGACGCUACCGUAAACAUCCGAAAGCUCUGUCCGGUCCAAGCCGACGCCAAGAUUUGGUACGACUAUUGCUUUCUAAGAUACAAGCUCGAAAACUUCUUUGGACAAGUCGAUACUUCGGGCAUAUAUUAUUACAACGUGGCGAACGCUGACGACCCCAACACUUUCAACAAAAAGCUCGGGGCCUUAAUGCAAGUUGUCCGAUCAGACGCGACCAAGGCAGGGAACAAAGGCUUGGGGAAGGGGCAAACCAAGAUUUCGACAUUCCUAACAUUGUACGGAUUGGCGCAGUGCACCAGGGACUUAUCGGACAUAAAUUGCGCUCAAUGUCUAGCAAUCGGGAUCGGGAACUUCGAAAGGUUUUGUAAAGACAAGAUUGGGUGUAGGGUUGUGUACUCCACUUGUUAUAUUAGGUAUGAACUUUAUCCAUUUUACUUCCCCCUCGAUGCAACGGCUAUGGCCAACUUGUCCGAGAGGAGUGCCGGGAAGAAUUACAAGACAUUCAUACCUCGGACGCUUUAGAUUGGCGCACGAGGAUUUAUUUGUGCACGCGAGUUUGUGAAUUCGAUCUAUAAAUGUUGUAUUAAAAUGUUUAAGAAUAAUAAAAUGUAUUGUCGUAAGUAUUUGAUUUGA